GGCAAUGAAAACAGUCUGUUAAGAGCUGAAUUUGCGAAUGGGGGUUGCUUUCGUUUCUGUUUUGCGCGAUAACUUGGCGAGUUUAGACAGCGACUAAACGGCGAUAAGGAAAAUUCUAUAACAGACCCCCAAACACAUUGAGUGCAACGGUAACGGUAAACGAACGAAUGACACAAGACAAUGGUGUUAACACUCUUUGACGUUGAUAUCUGAGGAAAAAGUAACUGUAAAUAAAGCCCCCCUUCUCCCGACCCCAUUAGCUCAGUUCACCCCCCAAAAAUUUGUAGAAAAGAGAUACAACAAUAACCUUAGGUUGUAUUCAACGAACCUAAUGGGGGAAAAUGUCAGAUUUCCAACCGACAGCUAGGGUGGGGACAACUGGGGAGUAAACGACGAAGAUAAAUAAUAACAGCAACAAACGUACACACACAUAUCUGCUUGGAGAAAAUCCAGAGCAUGAAUUUGCGGAGACGGGCAAAAGAGAGGAAAAUAAAUCGAAUAUAACUGCUGCAAGUUACAUUUAUCAGCGACAUCGGCGGCAGCAGCAGCAGCAAAGUUGGAAAAUUUCUUCCGCUGUAGAGACAGGCACACAAACACGCAGAUAUUACAAACUACCAACCAACCAACCGAGUCGAGUGACCGACCGUCCAAACGAAGUAGAGAAAAUAUAACGCAUGGAUGUGCAGUAUAAACGAACGAAAUCCACGGAUAAAUGAACGGGAAACAAAAAAAAGAAGUGAAUUUUUCAUGAAAAACGCAUUAAAAGGCAAACAAAUUUGUUAUGAAAUUUUCUAAGAAUUUUGCAAAAGAAAUUGGGGAAGAAGAAAAAGAAGUUCAUUUAAAAAAGGAGAUAAAUCAAUAAAAGUGUUUUCUUCCAACAUAGAAAAGUUUAAAUGGAAAUUUAGAAAUUUGUUGAAAACGAAGUGAAAAAAUGUGUUGUUAUUGUUGUUGAUAUUAAAAAAGUGAAAUUUGUUUCUUUACAAAUCACCGAAAAAAAAUUUUUAUUCUCUCUGAAGCAGUAGUUUUUUUUAACAAACCCAAUUACCAAAAUCCUCAUAGUCACCAUCAUGUCAACGGAAAGCAAUAAUGCCCCAGUGGAUCCACGAGUUCAAGUCGAACUGGAAAAACUCAAUACAGCCACAGACAAUAUUAAUAAAUACGAAGUGGAACUUGAUGAAGCCAAAUGUGAGUUUAAACGAAUUUUGGCCGAAAGUGUGGUUAGGAUAAAACAGUCGGCACACAAGUUGGGCAAUUCUAUAGAGGCGGCUAAACCCUAUUAUGAAUCCCGCAUUUAUGCUGCACAGCUUGCCAAAGAAACCCAGUUGGCAGCAGCAAAUUAUGAAAAGGCCAAAUCUAUUCAUGCAGCAGCCAAAGAAAUGGUCUAUUUAGCCGAACAGGGUCUGGGUGAGAAAUCCACACUGGAUACAGCCUGCCAGGAGAUGCUAAGCCAUGCCGCCAGCAAAGUCAAUCAAUCACAACUGGAGGUUACCGAUGCUCGUAACUCGUUGAAAAUGUGUCAAUUGAAACUGGAAGUAGCCAAUAAUCGUGUGGGUAAAUUACAGGGACAAUUACGACAGGCCAUCAAGGCGUCAAGUUUCAAUAUUCGGCGAAAUUUACUUUUGAUUAAUUUAUUGGCUUAUCAACAUGAUUUAAGUGAUUUACCCUACUACGAGACGCGGGCUAACUACAACGGCAUUCUGAAAACCCAAAAAGAGAAAAUCAAUAGCCUAGAGAAUAAAGUGGCCGAGGCGAAAAUGACCUACAAUGAGGCAUUGAAAAAUCUCGAACAAAUUUCCGAGGAAAUUCAUCGCCAGCGACAGCAGCAGCAACAACAACAACAGAAUCUGAUAAAUUACGAAACCAUGCUAAAUCAAGCCGCCGAUGAUACAACGUCCACGUACACAUCGUCCUCUGGUGAAAUGGCAACAUUUCAACAAUUCUCCUGUGAUAUCGAUACCAGUGAUGAGUAUCUCGAAAUGCCCGAUAAAUUGAGCACAAAUUCAAGUCCCAUACGCCAACGGCAUCCGGAUGAACAUGAAUGUCCACAUUUGUUAAGAGAUUUUGAAUCGGUUCUGACAUUUCCUCAAAAAAUCGCCGGUGGCAUGCAUAAAUCGGCCAGCACCAGUAAUACCAGUGAUAAUCUCUUUGCCCAGGCCCAGCGGCAUGGUCCCUAUGAGGUGAAAUGUUCCUCCUCCAUUGGCAGUGGUCAAAAUUUGAACACAGACAAUAGUUCAAGUACAGAAAAAGGUGGCGGCGGCGGUGGCGGUUUAAUGACGGAUAACGAUGACAAUGACAUUGAGCAAUGGACCGAAAUACGCCUAUCCCACUCGGAGAGCACAAGUUCCAGCUAUUCGAAUCAAAGUCUAUUGCAUGAUCAUGCCGAUGGUGUGGCCGAAGAUGCUCAAUCCCACCAUUCAUCGUCUUCCUCCUCGGAUGAGCCGAAACGUAAAGUGACCUGUACCACAAUAUUCCAGGAACAAGAGCAAAUGAAUCGCAAACAAUCGCUUAGUCAGUGGUUGUCCCGUUCGAAUAGCCUUAAAGUGGGUGGGCGAAGGCAGUCACUUGACCUGCUCAUCGAUGCCAGUGACAAGGUGAAAGAUGUGUUUUCAUUUGGUUUCCAAAAGGUAGGACGAACCCUGGAACGGCGCAACAGUGAAUCGGAAAUGAACAAUGAAUGCGGCGGUAAUGGGACACAAAAUGUCGGCAGCGGUAUGUCGGGCGCCAACAACACAUCCACUUCAUCGUCCACCACAUCGGCUGGUGAUUUCUUUCUAUUUGCCAGAUCCGAACCCAAAGAGCUAUUGUCCGACGAACAAGUUGAGAAUCUUCUACUUAGCCAUUCCGUGGAUGAAAAUGGCACAAUAAUUGUGGAAGAGCUGAAAUCGCCACUGCAGCAGCCUACAGGCAAUAAAUAUGGAGGCGGCAUACCAUCGCUUUUAGUUUAAAUAUUAUUAUUAUUAUUUUUUUUAUUAAUUUCUAGGCUUAUUAAAUAUAAUUGUUUACUUGAAAUAAACACUCGAUUGUACAUUUAAGAAAACAUAUCAAAAUUAGCACUGGAAAACAAUUAUUAUAUUUUAGUUUUUUUUUUAUUUAAACCCAAGCGGACUAUUGAGAAUUUCUCGAUUUUUGGAGAGAUUUAUUUUAUGUUUUAGAUUUGUGAAUAAAAAAAAAACUCGGCAGUGGUCUGCAAGAAUAAUAAUUUAGAGAUGAGUAGACUUUUUUAGCCAAAAAUGAUGUUCGUUGUUCACAGAGUUUCAAGACAAAACGGGGGAAGAGAUGAAACUUCAGUUCACGAAACCUGAUUAAUUUGUGAUAUUUCAAAUGUUGCAGUCGCAUUGUUAUGUCAACAUUAAAGAAAAAAAAGAAAUGUAACAUUAUUUUAUUUUUUUAUAUAAACAAAUUUUAAUUUAUUUUUAUACAAAAAAAAUUGAGAGUUUUUUAGUUUUAUUUUUUUAAAUAUAAAUAUUGAAAGGUAAUAGGUCAUGGCGUAUUUGAUAAAUUAUUUGUAAUUUCUACUUAAUAUUUUGACAUAAUUUAUUCCAAAAAGUUUGUAACCAUGGCUCAGUGUUCCAAGGGACUUUUUAAAACCAAAUGAAAUAUCAACAUUUGUUUCUUGUACUGGAGAAGGGUUUCCAAAUUUCACUUAUUAAUUAUGCCAUGAUCCAUAACCGAUCUCAAAAAAUACACAAAUCUUUUGAAGCAGCAGAAAAAAGGCGAACAAAAACUUUACGUAUUUUUAAUUGUGACUUAGAAUUUUAACGCAAUAUUUAAAACAAAAAAUAAGAAUGAAACCCAUACUCACAAAUAAACAAUUGAUAUUAGCGUACAUUUACAUACAAAAAAUGCAUUGAAACAGAUUUUGAGAUACGGAUGUUUGUUAGUGAAAUUUAAAAAUAAAAUAAAAAAAAACAAUUAUUGCCUGACAAAGUAAAAAAGUUGGUUAAAGAAACCGCAAAAAAAAAAAACUCAGAAGACAUUUUUCCAAAAACCAAAAAUAUUAAUACGCAUAAAAAAAUAUAAUUAGUAGCAAACAAUAAAACUGAAUUAAAUUAUAUAUUAUUCAAUUAUGUAUUAGUGAAUAAAAUAAAUAUUUGAAGAAUUAUACAAAAGAAAU